CAAAAAUGGCAAACCUCACGCCUUUCUCUAAACUUGAUGAAACCUUCGACAGAGCUUCCGAACUCAAAGGCUUCGACCAAACCAAGGCCGGCGUCAAAGGCCUUGUGGACUCUGGCGUUGCCGAAAUCCCAGGAAUAUUCUACUACCCACACAAAGAACGUUCAAAUUCCGACAAGAUUUCUGUUUCCAACGAACCCCAUUUGGGUGUUCCAGUGGUGGAUUUGGAAGACAUCGAUAAAGAUCCAUUCAAACGCAGACAAGCGGUGGACAAAAUGCGAGAAGCUUCAGAAAGUUGGGGGUUUUUCCAAGUGCUUAACCAUGGGGUUCCGGUGAGUCUUCAGGAGGAGAUCAUAAAUGGGACACGUCAAUUUUUCGAACAGGACACUGAAGUGAAGAAACAAUAUUAUACAAGAGACAACACCAAGCCUUUCGUUUACCAUUCCAAUUUCGAUUUGUUUAGCGCACCCACUGCCAAUUGGAGGGAUACUGUCUUCAUUCAAAUGGCCCCAAAUUCUCCCAACCCCGAAGCUUCCCACAAGUUUGCAGAGACAUCCUAAUUGAAUAUUCAAAACAAAUAGAAAAGGUUGGAGAAUUGAUAUUUGAGCUACUUUCAGAGGCCCUUGGUUUGAAAUCAACCCAUCUCCUGGAAUUGGAUUGCACUGAAGGACAUGCCAUUAGGUGCCACUAUUAUCCCUCGUG